AUGGAAACACUUUCAAAUGACAUCCAUAAUUUCAAUCCCACCUCUAUGCUCACACAUACCGUAAUUCAAAGGAUUGAUUUGUUCAAGCUCGUGAAACCGACAGGUGAGAUGAUCUAUGUGGUUGUCGGCGGUGGAAUUGCUGGUGUAAGCUGCACGAAACGACUUUUAGAGUCAUUACCGGAGUCUGAUGACGUUGUUUUAGUGUCCGCAAGUAAACGCGUUAAGACGGUCCGUCAGUGGAGAAGGAUUGGUCAUUUCACCGAACGAUUUGACGUUUGCGAGGAUGAAACGGUUUCGGACGAUCCUCGUUUCAGUUUCAUUCAAGCUGAUGUGUCCGGAUGGAACUAUAAAAAGAAGGAGCUACAUCUUACCAAUCAUAGUGAACCUGUGAAGUAUGACCGACUGUGUAUUGCUACGGGUGCAGCUCCAAUCACACCUUUUAACAAUAAAAAGGUUCUCACUAUCCGAGAUACGGAAUCUGCUGAAGAGCUGCAACGUCGCUUAAAAGGUGCCAAACAUGUUGCAGUUGUUGGAAACGGAGGUAUCGCCACCGAAGUAGUAUUUGAAAUGAGAGGUGUCGCAAUUACAUGGAUAAUCCGUGAUGAUUCAAUCUCCUCAGUGUUUUUCAAUCCUGCAAUUGCGGAGUUCUUUCAGAAAAGAAUGGAGAUGGGUCGAACUGAAGGGGCGAAGAACGCUGGUGUCCUGAAACGACUUAGAUACUCAUUGGACAACUCUGUCGCCAAAGAAGAUGCGCGAAAUGCUGCAGGUUGCGCACUGGGACCCGAUUGGAUAUCUGCUUUAUCUUUUGAGGAUAAUAUUCAGGAUCGUUGCGUCGAUGUCAUUCGUAAUGCCGAAGUGAGCGAUGUGAAGGACGAGGGCGAUGGAUUGGUUUUGUGCCUUACGAAUGGCAACAUAAUUCAUUGUGAUUUCGUUAUAUGGGCAACAGGAGUAAUUCCGGCAGUCAAAGUGUGGAAGCAAAAUUGUAAUGAGUUGAAGGUAUCAUCCGCUGACGGUGGAAUUGUCGUUGAUGAUGCUCUGCGGACUUCUAUUCCCGACGUGUACGCAUGUGGUGACGUUUGUUCUCCUGAAUGGAGUGCACCUUCAGAAUUUUGGAAACAGAUGCGUCUAUGGACUCAAGCGAGGCAAAUGGGUGAUUAUUGCGGGAGAUCAAUGAUAGCGAACGGAGAUAUCGACACCGACUUUUGUUUUGAGCUGUUCACUCAUACAACAACUUUCUUCGGUUUUAAGGUCGUUUUUCUUGGUGAUUUCAAAGGCGAACACCAACCUGAAGGAUGGUAUACGAUAGAAAGGAUAAUUAAGGAUGACCAAUUUGUUCAAUGCAUCAUGUUUAAUCACAAAGUAGUUGGAGCUGUACUGGUGGGCGAGACUGAUCUAGAGGAAACAAUUGAGAACUUAAUCCUGAAUAGAACUGAUCUCGAAAGGAUCGAAGACAGCUUUCUGGAUCCAGAAAUUGAUAUAGAAGAUUAUUUUGAUUAG